AUGGCUAGCCACUCUCACGACGGCGGGACUUCUCACUCUCACACCCACGAUCACACUAACGGGGCACCUCAUGGCCAUACACACGAGAUCCUCGAUGGACCAGGCUCGUACCUGCACCGCGAAAUGCCCAUCGUCGAGGGCCGGGACUUUGGCGACCGGGCAUUCACAAUCGGUAUCGGUGGGCCCGUCGGAUCGGGGAAGACGGCGCUCAUGCUCGAGCUGUGCCUGGCGCUCCGAAAAGACUACAACAUCGCAGCCGUGACCAACGACAUCUUCACACGAGAAGACGCCGAGUUCCUGACGAAACACGGCGCCCUCACACCCGAGAGAAUCGUGGCGAUAGAAACAGGAGGAUGCCCGCACGCCGCCGUCCGAGAAGACAUUUCGGCCAACUUGCUCGCGCUGGAGGGGCUGCAUGCGAAAUUCCAGACCGACCUCCUGCUGAUCGAGAGCGGCGGCGACAACCUCGCGGCCAACUACUCGCGCGAACUGGCGGAUUUCAUCAUCUACGUGAUCGACGUCGCGGGAGGGGACAAGGUGCCCCGCAAAGGCGGUCCGGGAAUCACGGGCUCGGACCUGCUGAUCAUCAACAAGUGUGAUCUGGCCAACGCGGUGGGUGCGGACGUGGAUCUGAUGGAGAGGGAGGCGAACAAGAUUCGCGAGGGCGGACCCGUUGUGAGGGCCGUGAUCAAGACCGGCGUGGGCGUCAAGGAUACCGUCAAUUUGAUUCUGUCGGCGUGGAAGAGCACCACAGGGUAUCAGCUGAGUAAGGAGCGAUGGGCAAAGGGCGUGCCGAGGGGUAGUGGCGAGCAGCCUACUAAUAACAGGUAUACCAGUGUGUUCGCCGGUUCAAGGUAG